GCUGGCUGGGCGGAGCUUCGCCCCAGCGUCCCAGAGCCCGACGCGGCCGCGGCAGUCGCGAGCAAGCAUCGCUAGCGCUUGCGGGUGGGAGCUGCGUCUGCAGUAGCCUGGCCGCCGCCGCUGCGUGCCCGCCGGCAGCCUGCGACCUCGCUGGCCGCUCGCCCGUUGCUGGCCGCCCGCUGCUCCCCACCUGGCUCGCACUUAGCCCCGGCCAGGGUCUCCCGCCGAGCGCGCGCCAUGGGGCCGCCGCCCGGGACCCGGGUCAGUUGCCGCGGCGCCUGCGGAGCUGCCCGGCUGCUGGCUUGGUGCUUCCUUCUGGCUCUGAGUCCGCACGCACCCGGCUCCCGGGGCGCCGAAGCCGUGUGGACCGCGUACCUCAACGUGUCCUGGCGGGUUCCGCACACCGGAGUGAACCGCACGGUGUGGGAGCUGAGCGAGGAGGGCGUGUACGGCCAGGACUCGCCGCUGGAGCCCGUCUCCGGGGUCCUGGUACCGCCCGACGGGCCCGGGGCGCUCAACGCCUGUAACCCGCACACCAAUUUCACCGUGCCCACGGUUUGGGGAAGCACGGUGCAAGUGUCUUGGUUGGCCCUCAUCCAACGCGGCGGAGGCUGCACCUUCGCGGACAAGAUCCAUCUGGCUUAUGAGAGAGGGGCUUCUGGAGCCGUCAUCUUUAACUUCCCUGGGACCCGCAAUGAAGUCAUCCCCAUGUCUCACCCGGGUGCAGGAGACAUUGUUGCAAUCAUGAUUGGCAAUCUAAAAGGAACAAAAAUUCUGCAGUCCAUUCAAAGAGGCAUACAAGUAACAAUGGUCAUCGAAGUAGGGAAAAAACAUGGCCCCUGGGUGAAUCAUUAUUCAAUUUUCUUUGUUUCCGUGUCCUUUUUUAUUAUUACGGCAGCAACUGUGGGCUAUUUCAUCUUUUAUUCUGCUCGAAGAUUACGGAAUGCAAGAGCUCAAAGUAGGAAGCAGAGGCAGUUAAAGGCAGAUGCUAAGAAAGCUAUUGGAAAGCUUCAACUGCGCACUUUGAAACAAGGAGACAAGGAAAUUGGCCCUGAUGGAGAUAGCUGUGCUGUGUGUAUUGAGCUCUAUAAACCAAAUGAUUUGGUGCGCAUCCUAACCUGCAAUCAUAUUUUCCAUAAGACAUGUGUGGACCCAUGGCUUUUAGAACACAGGACUUGCCCCAUGUGCAAGUGUGACAUUCUCAAAGCUCUGGGAAUUGAGGUGGAUGUUGAAGAUGGAUCAGUGUCUUUACAAGUACCUGUUUCCAAUGAUGCAUCUAAUACUGCCUCUCCCCAUGAAGAAGACAAUCGCAGUGAGACUGCAUCAUCUGGCUAUGCUUCAGUCCAGGGAGCAGAUGAGCCGCCUCUGGAGGAACAUGUGCAGUCAGCAAAUGAAAAUCUACAGCUGGUAAACCAUGAAGCAAGUUCUGUGGCCGUGGAUGUUGUUCCUCAUGUUGACAACCCAACCUUUGAAGAAGAUGAAAGUCCUAAUCAAGAGACUGCUGUUAGAGAAAUUAAAUCAUAAGAAAUUCUGUGUCAAUAGAAACUUGAACCGUUAGUAAUAACAGGACUGCCAAUCAGGGCCUAGUUUACUAUUAAUGAACUGGGUAAACUUAAUAAAGCAAGAAUGAUACUGAAAGUGCUGACAUGAAUAAUAUUACACUAUAGUUAAAUGGCUUAGCAUAUUUAACCUAGUCACUUUUUCCACAAACUCAUUAUAAUGUUUUUCAUAGGCAAGUUUCCUCUUGAUGAUAGUGAUAGCAACAUUUUUAAACAUUCAGAACUGUCUACAAGUAGCCAGGUUUUUCAUUUAUAACAACUUUCUUAUAAAAAUAUGUUGCUUUAAAUAUGUGGAGUAGCUGCAAUCACUUUAUUUUAUGAUAGUAUCAUAAUUAAAUACUACUACUACUUUAGCUUGGGCUAUUUGUGUCAGGGUUUGUAUCCAGGUGCUUAUAUUGAUCUGGAAUUGUAAAAAGCAAUGCAAACUUAGGCUAGUACUUCAUGAAAUGUCUAUUUAAAGUACAUUAAGUUGAUAGAACAAGAUUAAAGCAAAAUACUCAUUUUUAACUUUUUCUUUUUCAUUAAGCUGUGUAUGUAUUUCAUGUGAGUGUGAGCAUAGUUUGUCAGAAAAUGUGAACUGAAUUGGUUGAUCAAGUAUAUUAGUGACACCACACAAGAUUAUAGACACAAAAAGUUUCUUACAAAAAUAUCAUAAACUAUUUCUCAAACUUGAAAUUUUCAAAAGCACAGAAUAGAAACUACCAUAAGAUUUGAAAAUAGUAAUAGCAGAAUAAAUCACAAAAAAUUGGUAACUGGUUACUGUGCAGAAUUCAUUUACAGAAAAUGUUCUGUAAGAUUUGUCUAUGGAAUGUAUUUUCCAAACAAUGUUGACAUUGAAAAUUGAGUUUACAUUUGGCUUAAUAGGCGCUAAUUAUAUUAAAUUUAAAUUCUAUCCAUCUAUCUAUAAUUUUGUGAAUGUAUUUUGUUGGUGUUUGAAAAAGAAUCAAGGGAAGGGGGGAUUUCCAGGUGCCUUAAUAUAAAGUUUGAAGCUUCAACCACCAAAGUUAAAUAGAGCUAUUUGAAAAUGCACUUUAUUUCUAUUUUGUGUGGCUUGUCCAUCAGUUUUGUUCCUAGUGAGUGCAAAUUCCAACAGAAUUUAGACAAAAAUAGAACAGACAUGUAUUUUUGUUUGCUGAAUAUAUAAUGGAUGAAACCAUUGCAUUCUUGUACACUGAUUUGAAAAUGCUGUAAAUAUGAUGCCCCGAUUUGUACUGAUUCUCUUUAAAUAUGAAAUGUAAAUAAACUAUUCCAAUGAAAGAU